AAAAAAUUAGUCCAAAGAGUAGCUCUUCUUGGCUUUCUCUUCCACCAGCAGCAACAAUUUUAUGUUUUUGGGUCUCUGAACUCCGAAGUCAAAUUCCAAUGGAGGGUCUAAUCCGGAGCUCUGCAAAUUACGUCCCUCUCUCUCCCAUCAGUUUCUUGAAGAGAUCAGCUUUGGUCUACAGGGACAGAACCUCUGUUGUGUACGGUGAUGUUCGGUACACCUGGAAAGACACCCUUGAACGCUGUACUAAACUCGCUUCUGCUCUUGCCCAGCUCGGAAUUUCUCGUGGAGAUGUGGUUGCUGCAUUGGCCCCAAAUAUUCCAGCAAUGUAUGAGCUACACUUUGGUGUUCCAAUGGUAGGUGCAGUUCUUUGUACACUAAAUACACGUCAUGAUUCGGCAAUGGUAUCAGUAUUAUUGAGACAUUCAGAAGCCAAAAUAAUUUUUGUAGACUACCAAUUUCUUCAUAUUGCUCAAGGAGCGAUUGAUAUUCUAUCCAAGACGAGGACCAAGCUGCCCCUGCUAAUCUUAAUUCCAGAGUCUGAUCAAUCAUCCUCCAACGUUAGCAACACCAUUUCCACAUCAAAGAAUCUGGAAUAUGAGAGUCUUUUACUAACCGGAAGACUUGAUUUUGAGGUCAGGUGGCCAAAUGAUGAAUGUGAUCCAAUCUCGCUAAAUUACACUUCAGGUACCACAUCAAGCCCAAAAGGUGUUAUUUAUAGCCAUAGAGGUGCCUAUCUCAAUUCACUUGCAGUGGCACUUUUCAAUGAGAUGAGCUCAAUGCCUGUAUAUUUAUGGUGUGUUCCUAUGUUUCACUGUAAUGGGUGGUGUCUCACAUGGGCUGUGGCUGCUCAGGGUGGCACAAAUGUCUGCCAAAGGAAUGUGACUGCAAGAGGAAUUUUUGAGAAUAUUUCUCAGCACAAAGUGACACACUUGGGUGGUGCACCCACAGUUCUGAACAUGAUAAUAAAUGCGGCAGCUAGUGAGCGGAGGACACUUCCAGGGAAGGUGGCAGUCAUGACAGGUGCUGCACCUCCACCUCCACAUGUGCUAUUCAAGAUGGAGGAACUAGGAUUUAUUGUUACCCACUCAUAUGGUCUGACAGAAACUUAUGGUCCUGCAACAGUUUGCACUUGGAAACCUGAAUGGAAUUCUCUUCCUCGAGAUACUCAGGCAAAGCUUAAGGCUCGUCAAGGGGUUCACCAUCUCGGCCUUGAGGAAAUUGACAUUAAAGAUCCUGUUACCAUGAAGAGUGUACCCCCUGAUGCAAAAACCAUGGGUGAAGUUAUGUUUAGAGGCAACAUUGUGAUGAAUGGAUACUUGAAAAAUUUGAAAGCAACACAGGAUGCAUUUAAUGGUGGAUGGUUUCGGAGUGGGGACUUGGGAGUGAAACACUCUGAUGGCUACAUAGAACUAAAGGAUCGUUCAAAGGACAUUAUCAUUUCUGGGGGAGAAAAUAUUAGCACAAUUGAGGUGGAAGCUGCACUUUCUAGUCAUCCAGCAGUUCUUGAGGCAGCUGUUGUGGGAAGACCUGAUGAUCACUGGGGGGAGACUCCUUGUGCAUUUGUGAAGUUGAAGAAUGGGUCUAAUGCCAGUGCAGAGGAGAUCAUUAAGUUCUGUCGGGAUAGAUUGCCCCAUUACAUGGCUCCUCAAACUGUUGUUUUUGAGGAUGAUCUGCCAAAGACUUCAACUGGUAAGACACAGAAAUUUGUUUUAAGGGAAAAGGCUAAGGCCAUGGGAAGCCUUCCAUGGAAGAGCAUCAGUAGACUGUAAUGCACCUUCAAGGAAUUUGAAGGUGACUGUUUACUUAGUACCCUGUUCCUUGUAAUUAUCGUAACUAGCCGCGAACCUGCGCGUUGCGAGUGAUAAUUAUUUUUAUGGUGGUUUUAUUAAAAAAAAAUUUACAAUUUAAACUAA